AUGGCCAUAUCCACCCUCAUCUUAGCCCCCAGUGCCUGGUACCCUCCCACUGCCUUCAAUCCCAUCAUCGAGAAGCUCAAUCCCCAUGGCUAUGUCUGUCACUCCAUCGUCUUCCCCUCUAUUCAGCAGACACCCGCUGUUGAGGACCUCCAGCCCGAUCGACGCCGUCCGAACCCUGCGCCCCUGGCCGGUCCGAGUAAGACAGACCGUGAGAAGGAGGGCAAGACCGGCGGUGUAGUCCGUCUGGUCUUUGUCACCGCGUUUAUUCCAGACAUUGGACAGAGUCUCAUCGCGGCGUUUGGGGGAACGUCUCCGGAUUGGUAUAUUAGGGAUGAGAAAACCAGCACCGUCACAGCCAAUGACCCAGUCAACUUAUUCUUCCAUGACGUUCCGGAUAGGCAUGAGUGUGCCAAAACUCUACGUCCUCACGCUGGGCCACGAAGAACGCCCCCGCCACAGGUGCGGCUUAUCUCCAUAUCCCUGCAUCGUAUCUCCUCUGAGAAAAGGAUCGCGCCCUUCCGUUGUUCGUGCAGGAGUGAUGGUCGAGAAUGUGCGCAGCACGGGCGCGAAUAUUGA